UAUGAAAUUAAAAAUAAAAAGAGAAAACCGCCAAAAGGAAGAAAAAGGAAAUGGGUGGAGUUCUUUUAAUUUUGUUUUCCUUAGCAGAGGAGAGUUUUGAAGUGGAAGAAGGUGAUGAAAAAAAUCUUUGAAUUUUAAUUUAUUUAAUUGUCAAAGCUUUGAAGCUUCGCGUGUUUUUCAAACUGAUUGUGUAAAGGAAGGGAAAGCAAACAAUGAAAACGCCGCUAGGGGAGGAGCUUUUGAGGAAGAUCCAAGAACUGGAAGUAGGACAUGCGUAUCUCAUGCGAGAAAUGUCAAGUUUAAAACAAUCCUGCGGUGAGUCAAUUCAUGACUCAACUUGUCGAGGAUCCCGCCGUACUUCCCCUCAACGGCCGUUAUUUCUCGGGGACGCUGCGGCUGCUGCCGGUUCUGGUUCUGUUCGACUUCCGUUACGAAUAGAGAGCGGGAGCUGCGGCACCACAAAUGGCGGCGGUGGCGACGCAGGAAGAACAAGAACCGGGAAUUCACGGACAGCUGCCGCUAAUUUGACUAACAGUCAGUAUUUAAAUAUUUUACAGUCUAUGGGACAAUCUAUUUAUAUAUAUGAUCUUAGAGGCCGUGUAUUCUUUUGGAACCGAGGUGCUGAAAAACUUUAUGGUUAUUUAGAAGCAGAAGCUUUAGGACAAAAUAUUAUUAAGCUUGUUUGUCAUCCAAAGGAUUUCGGGUUUGCAGUUAAUAUAGUUCAACGGGUUAUUAUUGGGGAGAGUUGGACUGGGCUGUUUCCUAUUAAGAAUAGACUAGGGGAGAAUAUUUUUGUAGUUGCAACUGUUACUCCUUUUUAUGAUGAAAAGGGUUCCGUGGUGGGAAUCACUUCUGUGACCUGUGAUUCGCGGCCUUUUAAAGAAACCAAGUUUGAAUUUUCAGCUGAAAGGCAACCGAAAGGAGAUUCUUCAGCCUUUACCCGGUCUAAAAACGCCAUCUCGAUUAAACUUGGUCUUGAUCCUCAGCAGCCUCUGCAAGCUGCAAUUGUAUCAAAAAUAUCAAAUUUGGCGUCCAAGGUGAGCAACAAAGUGAAAUCCAGAAUUAGGACAGGCGAGAAUCGUGUUGAUCCUUAUGAUCAUAAAGAAGACGCAACUUACAGUGGAGUCUGUACACCGAAGGAAGAUAUGUGGCCACCCUCCCAUGAUGUACUUUAUCCUUUUGAUAACGUGUCCACUGUAAUGAACUCUAUAGAUUUUGGUGAUGAGAAUGAAGGAAAACCUGCAAUCCAAAAAUUUACGUCCUUUAUAGCUAAGACAGGGAUAUCUUUGCCUUGGAAAGGGAACAGUCAAGAAGAAUCAGAGGCCAAGACUACUCAUUCCAUAAGGCCUUGUGAGGGUAAUGAUCAACAGAAUGAAACAUUUCUGCUAAAGGGCCCAUAUUUGGGUAAAAAACUUGAAGACCAUAUUAAUGAGUAUGACAGCCCUAUCAACAAUGAGGCAUCAGGUUUUUCAUCAUCUUCUGCUAAUGUUAACAGCACAAGCAGUACCAGCAGCUCGGGGAGUACUGGUGGUAGUCCUGUUAAUAGAGUUGAUAUGGACACUGAUUGUGUAGAUUAUGAAAUCUUGUGGGAAGAAUUGACGAUCGGAGAGCAAAUUGGGCAAGGUUCUUGUGGAACAGUAUAUCAUGGUCUGUGGUAUGCAUCAGUUUCUCUGAUGAAAAGACUGCGGCAUCCAAAUGUUCUGCUGUUCAUGGGAGCUGUCACUUCACCUCAACGUCUCUGCAUUGUUACUGAAUUCCUUCAACGUGGGAGUUUGUUUCGAUUGCUACAGAGGAAUGCUGCAAAAUUAGAUAGGAAACGGCGUGUUCAUAUGGCUUUGGAUAUUGCACGAGGCAUGAAUUAUCUUCACCAUUGCAAUCCGACUAUCGUUCAUCGCGAUUUGAAGUCUUCAAAUCUCCUAGUUGAUAAGAAUUGGACUGUGAAGGUUGGCGAUUUUGGUUUGUCACGUCUCAAGCAUGCAACGUUUCUCACUACUAAGACUGGGAAAGGAACGCCUCAUUGGAUGGCGCCAGAAGUUCUUCGCAAUGAACCCUCCGAUGAGAAGUCCGAUAUUUAUAGUUUUGGAGUCAUAUUAUGGGAACUUGCUACUGGAAAGAUACCUUGGGAGAAUCUCAACUCAAUACAGGUAAUUGGAACUGUCGGGUUCAUGAACCAACAGCUUGAGAUUCCGAAGGAUUUAGAUCCACUGUGGGCUUCUAUAAUUGAGAGUUGCUGGCUCAGUGAUCCUCGAAGUCGGCCAACGUUUCUGGAACUGAUGGACAAGCUUAGAGAGCUUCAAAGACGAUGCACCAUCCAAUUUCAGCAGGCCCGUAACUCGACUGGAGACGGCUCUCAAAAGGGAUCAUGAAUCAAAUCCAAGUGUUUUUGGGUUCAUUUCUUCCCUCAGCAAAAGCUCUCGAUUGGUUGAAGCAUGGGCAUUCUUUUUGCUAACAUUUACACUCAAUUGCCGCUUGUGGAAUGCAGAAUUGCCGCCUAGACUUGCGACAUUGGCGUUGAAAAUAUCAGGCUGGACAAAGAUGAAAAGGAGACGGCACUUACCGUGUGAGCAACCCCAAAUUUCAUGGUGAUUGGAUUGGUUGUUAGUGAAUGUCGCUUGUUCUUUUUCAUGUCAGCCUGGAAAUUUUUCGGAGGGAAUGUCAAUAAAGGUAUAUUAUAUAUUUAUAUUGUGGAUCAUACUCUUCUAUAUCGGAAUUUGUAUCGAGCAUGAACUAAAGACUGAGAAAUCAGAAAACUCGGAACAUUCCAGAUAA